UACUUUAGGAAUCAGGAAGAAGUUGAUUGAUUCAAAUUUUUUUUAGUAAUUCAGUCUAAGAGGAGGAAAGUUUUUAAAAAUGAAAAUUAAGAUUCUUGCACUAUUUUUAUUUUUUUACAUCAUUACGAAAACGGAAGCAAUUUUUAUCGGACAUGGGGGAAUAAGUGAUGAUUGGCUGAAAAUCAUUAAAAAUGCAACUGCGAUCGAAACAACACCACCAAAGCCUAAUCCUAAAAAAUCUGAUUGUCUGAUAAAAGUAGAAAAUCCUAAAAACAGUAAGGUGUACUCCACCCGCUUUACAUAUGAUCAUACUACAAAAGAAUGCGUGGAAAUAAUAUAUGGCGGAGAUGCAGAAAAAAAUAUUUAUUGGACCGAGGAAGAUUGCGAGAAAGUUUGCAAAGGUGUAUAGAAAACACUACCGUCUCAAGAAUUUCUACA